AUGCCAUCUGCACUCAAGCCAAUCACGGUCUGGGGUAAAUCUGGCCCAAACCCACCCAAGGUCGCCCUCACGCUGGAAGAAUUAGGGCUUCCUUAUGAGAUUGUUGACAUCCCUCUCUCAGACGUUAAGAAUCCGGAGUACACUGCAAUCAAUCCCAACGGUCGACUCCCCAGCAUCAAAGACCCCAACAACAACGAUAUCAUUGUCUGGGAGUCCGGCGCCAUCAUCGAAUACCUGGUCGAGAAGUAUGAUCCUGAGCACAAGCUCAGCUUCAAACCAGGCACGCCGGACUACUACCAUGCUAAGCAAUACCUAUUCUUCCAGGUCUCCGGCCAGGGACCUUACUUUGGACAGUAUGCUUGGUUCAAGAAGUUUCACUCCGAGAAGGUCCCUAGCGCUCAGCAGCGCUAUCAGAACGAGAUACAGCGUGUCAGUGGGGUUCUGGAAGGUGUGCUGAAGGCCGAGAAGGAAAAGCAGGGCGGAGGCGACGGCCCUUGGCUUGUGGGCAACAAGUAUUCCUACGCUGACCUCGCGUUUCUCUCUUGGUAUGUCAUCAUGCCGUUGGUCACCCCAAAGGAGGACUUCGAUCUUGCCGAAUUCCCGAUUAUGCAUGACUGGAUCAAGAGAAUGGUCGCACGGGAGCCCGUAAAGGCUGGCUUCAGUGCAAAUGGUACUCCGAUUGAACAAGUCUUAAAAUGA